AUGGCUGACAGGCACAAGCAGCUCCGCAGGGAGCUCGACAAGCUCAAGGAGGAACUGGGCCCCUACUUUCAGCAGACGCCGCCGCGCAGAGGAGGCCUUGACAGCGGUAGCGGCAGCAGCAACCCCCCCACGCCAAGCGCCCGCCACGACCAGGCCAUGUCUCAGCGCAACCGCAGCGGCCGCGGCUCCAACCGCAACAACGGCAACAAUUCGCACGGCGAGGAGGCCCAGAUCUGGGACGCCUGCAAGUUGCAGAUGGCCGAGAUUGUCGCCGGCAUCAACGCCGAAAACGACAGCCUCGCCGAGCUCGUCGACCUCGACAAGCGCGUCGGCGUCACGGACCCGGACAAGGUCCCCGCCGACUCCCUCAAGCAGAUGGAGCAGCUGUGCCGCAAAGGCGUCAAGUUCUCCGAGGCCAACAUGAGCAGCCUCAAGGCCGUCACGGAGCAGCUGAAGAUUCUGCGCGCCGUCGUCGUGGCCAAGGAGCAGGCCGAGGCGUCGGCCGCGACGUCGAUGGGGCCCAGCAAGAGGGCCGCCGCCCGCGACAGCGCCGCCGCGGCCACGGCGGCGACCGCAUCGCUCUAUGACUUUGAUGGCGGCGGCGACUCGCCCGUGCCGAGCCCCAUGGGUGGCGGCGGCUCGUCGGCGUCGACGCGCAAGCACGGCGACCGGUCGAGCAACCGCGAUCGCGACAGCAUGCCGCCCAAGGCAGACAGCGUGGAGCCGCAGGGGCCCGGGGGCAGCGGCGGCAACAACAACAACCGGUCGCGGGUGGUCUUCUCCAAGGGUGACGCGGUGGCGUUCAAGCCUAAGGCGGCGAGUGGCGAGUCGUCGUCAGACUGGAUCUUGGGUGAGGUGGCGCAGGUGCUAGGCGAGGGCAAGAGCCGGCGGUACCGGGUGCUGGACAUUGAGCCUGACGACCAGAGCAAGCAAAAGGAGUAUCGCUCGAGCGCCAGCAACAUGAUUGCGAUUACGGCCGAGAGUCAGGCGGCGACGCUGCGCGACUGGGAGGCGGGCAAGGUGGUGCUUGCGCUGUACCCCAACACGACGACGUUUUACAAGGCCGAGGUGCACAGCAUGGACGGCGACGGGCGCGUCAACCUCAAAUUUGAGGGCGAAAACGACUCUACGACGCUGCAGCAGGUGGAACGGCGGUUUGUCAUUGAAUACCGGGCGUGA